UCCGUCAUCACCGCGGAGCCGCACCCGCCCACGCCCUUGCAAGUCACCGGACGCAGCGUGUGCACCAGCGCCGCGACGCCAUGCUUGAGCCCAGCCGGCGAUGAUGCGGCCAUCACCACCACUUCGAGUCGCAGCCCGCGCCGAGUUUCGCUCCCUCGCGCCGCCUCGACUCCCCUCGCCGCGAUGGCUUUCCUCGACCGCCGCCCCGCGGGCUCCCCGGGCCGCCGCCGCCGCUGCCGCUGUCCUGGCGCCAUCGUCCCAAGCGGGCUUCUUCCUCUCCAACCGCAUCUUUGAGCGCUCCGCCUGCCUCGAAUCCCUCGUCGCGAACCAUAGGCCGCGAACGACCUCGACGGCCCCGGCUGCGCCGCCAUCCUCUGCCGCCAUGUCGCAGACGCCCCAAUCGCUCGCUGACCUCCCUCCCCACCGCCGUCGGCAGGCGCGCAAGCAGGCGCUCGCCAACGGAGACGUCCCCGACGGCACCCUACCCGCCAAUGCCUCGUCGACCCUCACCAACGUCGCCGCCGCGCAGCCCGCCCACUCAGCCCGCCGCAUCCUCUCCACGCUGCUCUCCCUCUCCAAGCCCCGCCUGACGGCCCUCGUCGUCCUCACGGCCAUGGCGCCGUACGCGCUGUACCCCGUACCCGAGAUGCUCAUGCCGACCAUGACCGAGACGCCGAGCCUGAGCCCGUUGACGCUGCUCUUCCUCACCACCGGCACCACGCUGUGCUCCGCGAGCGCAAACGCCCUCAACAUGCUCUACGAACCGUCGACCGACGCCAAGAUGUCGCGGACGCGGAACCGCCCGCUGGUCAGGAGGCUCAUCUCGCCCGCCGGCGCCGCCCUCUUCGCCGUCCUCGCCGGCGCGACGGGCGUCGGCGCUCUGUACUUUGGCGUCAACCCCACGGUGUCUUUCCUGGGCUUCUCCAAUAUCGUCCUGUAUGCAGGCAUCUACACGCCGCUCAAGGGCGUCACCGCCUUCAACACCUGGGUCGGCGCCGUCGUGGGCGGGAUCCCGCCGCUCAUGGGCUGGGCCGCGGCGGCGGGCGAGGCGGCGACCAACGACGGCUCGUGGCGCGAGCUUCUCUUUGCCGGCGACGGCUCGUCGAUUGGCGGCUGGCUCCUGGCCGGCUUGCUCUUCGCCUGGCAGUUCCCGCACUUCAUGGCGCUCAGCUGGGGCAUCCGCGAGGAGUACAAGGCGGCGGGGCUGCGCAUGCUGGCGUGGACCAACCCGGGGCGCAACGCCCGCGUCGCCCUGCGCUACAGCAUCGUCUUCAUCCCCAUCUGCCUCGGGCUGUGCGCCGCGGGCGUCACCGAGUGGUCCUUUGCCGCGACGAGCCUGCCCGUCAACCUGUGGCUGGUGCGCGAGGCGGUGCGCUUCUGGCGGUUCGAGGGCCACAACGGGAGCGCGCGGGGGCUGUUUUGGGCGAGCGUCUGGCACCUGCCGGCCGUCAUGAUCCUCGCGCUGCUGCACAAGAAGGGCAUGUGGAGCAGGGCGUGGAGGGGCGCCUUUGGCGACGAAGACGAGGGCGUGUGGGAGGACGAGGAGCUGGAGGAGAUGGCGAGCAUGACGGCGGCCAAGGUGGCCGCGAAGCGGUAGAGUCGGACGCUGUCGCAUGGGUUUGAGGCAGUGAUAUCGCUAGAUGGGGUUAGGGGGCAUUGGCGCCGUUGGAUGGGAUAUAGGCAUUGAUGCCGCUGGAUGGGAUACAGGCAUCGACGCCGUCAGAUGGGAUAGACGUUGGCCCACAGUCCGCUCAUCCACCUCGUAGCGACGACACCCCCGUCGCAUGUACUUUUACUUACACCGCAUGAAGGCAUGUACGAAAUGUAGAACACAGACAAGAUCUAGAGCUCGCGAUACGCGCAGUACAGGCCUCCUCCUCCUGCCUGCCUAUGUACCUCGAUUCAUUUGUCUUUUGUUUCCCCCG